AUGGUGCUGGAAUUCCCUGGGGGACGAGGACAGACACUGGCAAUGAUGGCCGACCUGAUGCCGGAGAUCCUCGACGACGAGGUCUAUGCCGUGCCACGGUGCCAGCAGAUGGGGCGCUUCCCCUCGGAUGAGCAUGUGGAGCAGGUGAGUGGAUACCCACGCAAGAACCCUGAACCCUACACCGGCGAGGUGAGUGGAUACCCACACAAGCGCAACUGCAGCAUAGUGCGCACCGAGAGCGACGACCUCACGACGUCCUUGAAGAGCUUGGAGCAGCUAUUCAAGUGUCGCAAGGGACGAGCCUUCUUGGAAGCCUGCGAGAUAUUGACGAAAGAGCGCACAGGGAACGUGCCACAGGAGAAGCUGGCGGAUGCACUGCUAUGCUGGCUCGGCUUCAUGCGAGAAAACAAGAUGCAGCUUGCCGCCGAAUUGCCCAAGUACCUAGGAUCCAUGCAAGCUCUAGUGCCCGUCACUGGCAGCAACCAAGAGGCCCUCGCGCACUGGCAAGCCAUGCCCAACGACCUGCAGCUGUCUCCCGGGGACGCGAUGCCGGAACAACGAGGUGUGACCGACCGCUGCCCCGGCGGAGAGCCUGGCACUUGCCGGCAAGGUCGGGAUCCGGACUCCGUGGCAUGCUUCCGUUGCAUGCCUGGCUUGCACGAUUCUUCAGGCACCUGCAGACACUGUGGCGUGCAGGAGUAUGCUUGGGUCGUAGCCUGCAUGAUGCUGUGUGUCCUUGGUCUGAUGGCGCUCUAUGCGGUGAACCUCGCCGCGCGCGAUGUAAGACAAGCCGGUCCAGGGUCCCUGCUCAUGGCUGCGCUGGGUCUCGGUCAGAUGGUCACUUUGGUGCAGCAGCUGCUGAUCAUCCAACAGUUUCAGAUCGACUGGGUGGAACCCUUUCGAUCGAUCAUGGCCGCGCUGCAGAUUGUGGCCUUCGAUUUGGACGCCCUUCGACUUGGCUGCAUGGCGCCUGCCGGAUCGCUUUCCAACUUCCUUUUUCGAACCUUCGUUUUGCCGACCUUCUGCAUCAUCGCAGCGAUCAUCCACGUCCUCUACGCGAAUUUCUUCCAUACGCCUUGUUGGCAAAAGCGGGGGGCCGACGUCUCCACCCCCUCGCCGAAGCCGGAGAUGACGCUGUUGUUCAGCACUGUCGGUACUCUUUGGCUGGUCUUUUUCAUCUCCCACGGAGCCACGAUUCUGGCACCGUUCCGAUGCACAGAGCAUCCGAGUGGGCAGCUGACUGUGCAGGGCUACGAGGACGUGAUCUGCAACUAUGGCGGAGAGCAUUUGAGCAUGGUUUUUAUCGGGAGCAUCAACUGCGUGUUGCCGAUCGGCUUUCUUGCAGCAUGUGUUUGGGUGCUUUGCGCAGAGCUCCCCAAGCGAAUCAUGAUCGCGGAUAUGAAGUUUGUACGAGCUUGCGCCUUUCUGCUGCUCCGCUUUCGGCCGGGUCAGGGCACUGUGACAGCGCUUUAUUUGGUCCGGAACGUGCUGAUCUUGAUGUGCCCGCUGGUGCCAACAGCUGCUGGAAAGGUUCUCAGCAUGAACCUCCUGCUCUAUGUCAGCUUAUUGCUUACCGCCUCGGGAAAGCCGUGGCGGAACAUGACCUGCAAUUUUCUAGAUAUCGGCCUCGUCUCGGGCAUGUUGAUUUUGCUGGACAUGGGCUCGCUGUCCGUUCAGGAGAGGCAGACGCAAACAACUACUGCGAUUGCCACGGUCAGCUUUUCAUUGAUGACCUCUGCGGCUCUUUUCGCCUCUGCGUUCGGCAUUAUCAGGUACUUUUGGAUGAAGUUCAAGAAGCCUUUCAACUUCUUCCUGUGUCACCACAAGGUUGCCACAGGGAGCUAUGCCCGGCUCCUUAAGAUGGAGCUUGACAAGUAUGGUUAUAGGAGCUUCAUUGAUUGCGACGACCUGCAGGACCUGAGCAGGCUGUUCGGCUACGUCAGCCACGGAACCGGCACGAUGGUUAUCUUCGGCAGCCGCGACGUCUUUACACGGAAGUGGUGUCUGGGCGAGAUCGUGACGGCCCGGAUACACGAAGUCCAGACGGUUCUGCUGAGUUUUCCUGGCUUUACUGCGCCGGACAAGGACUUCAUCGCCAGUCUCACGAAGACUUUUCCCGAAGUGCUCGACUUGGUGAGCCAUCGCAUGGGCGUGAAGGAGAUCGAGGAUACACUGGUGUGGAUACCAAGUCUGGAAGCCAUCAACGUUGAUCGGCAGGUGCCGCGCGUUCUUGGCGAGACGCUGCCUGAGAAUUACCCCCACUCCAAGGAAGAGCUGAAGAUUCAGCAGAGCAGGGAGAUUGCCGAGGCUGUCUCACUCGGCUCCCUCGUCGGCAUUUCAGCGAGCGACGACGGGUUGAGCAGAUUUUGGGACGAGUGGCAACGGCACAGACCUAUCGGAUAUGGACUGGAGCGUGGCGGCCUGGUCAACUCGACCUGUGUUAUUGGCUACGCCCAGACCGGCUACGGCAUUGCUCAGACGGGCUCGCUGCGCACGUCGCAGCAAGACGGCGCCGCCUGGCGAACAGACAACACCCUCCGCGCACAAUUUGAGCCCCAGUUCCCAUGCAAUUGCUCCUAA